AGCGCAGACGAUGCCUUGAACACACCGAGUCAAAGCAGGCGCAGUGAAAAAAAGAUGGCGAUGUCCAUGAGGAGGGCAUUAUUGCCUCUGUAUAGGAUACAAUGCCACAGUCUGAAGAAUGCAGAGGCCUCGCUGGAUGUGCGGUUUCCACUGCCCUUUGUUGUUCCUGUCAGGACCAAGAAACGCUUCUUCGUUCCCCCGUCAACAAAGAUUAAAGCGAAGAUGACUGCAUCUCAAGACCAGGAGGCAAACACAAGAGCUGCGGGCUUCGUCAUAAGACAGGAGUACAUGGAAAGAUCCAUCAAUAUAGCCUGCACUGCUGGGGUGUUUGACCCCUACAUCCCACCCGAAGGUGACGCGCGGCUCUCCAGUCUGUCCAGGGAGGGCUUGAAACAGCGCACCCAGCAGAUCAAACAGGGGGCUGCCUCCCAGCUAGCGAUACGCAAGAUCAAAGAGCACGACCCCGAGUUCACUGCUAAGUCGUUUGCGGUGAAGGCCCAGGAGAUCUUCGUUGAAGCACACGACUCUCUCACACAGUUUAACAAGGAGAAACUCCACUCCCUUGUGACAGAAAGAUGUUACCCUGAGAUGGUGAGGGGAAACCGCUACAAGACGCUGCGCUGGCGGUUCGUGGAGUCCCUGGAGCCGCCCAAGGUGGUGCACGCCCGAUGCCCGGACAUGGUCACCAAGGGCAACUUGUACGGCCAGGUCACAGUGCGCAUGCACUCCAGGCAGACCCUGGCCAUCUAUGACCGCUUUGGGAGACUGAUGAUGGGCAGCGAGGAGGAGCCCAGAGAUGUGCUGGAGUACCUGGUCUUGGAGAGGCACCUAAUAAACCCCUACGGUAUGUGGAGGUUACACGGCAAGAUAGUGCCAGCCUGGGCCCCAGCCAAAGAACCGGUUGUCAAGACCAUUAUGAUACCAGGGCCAGAGCUCAAGCCAGGCGAGGAAUUUGAGGAGCUCAAUUAUGAAGUCCCCAAGCCUAAGGCCGUGCAGUGGCACAAAUAAACCACAGGUUGGAGCUGCUGCUCGGAUCCAACACAGACUCAAAAUCAACUGUUAAAAGAACACACUUGUUUUUUGUUCUGACGUUUCUAAAUGAACAUGCAAGGUUCAUCACAUGCAUUUCUAAAAAGACCCUCAAAUAAUUAACAUUGUCCAGCUCUGUAGAGA